AUGAAGUGCUCUCUGCUUCUUGCUCUCGCGUUCCGGGCUCAGUCCGGACAAGGCUUCGUUGGUCCCACGGGAGGGCUGGUCCUCUCCAACUGCGUCUCGGUUGCGGCGCGCAGCAACAACAACAUCGUGAGGAGGGGAGUGGCCUCGACCUCCCUGAAGGCUGCAGCCUCCGACGAAGGCAGUGAUGCGUCGGUUAACUUGAGGAAGCCGGCGGUAGUCGAGGCGAUUGCGGAGCGAAGCAACCUGGACAAGAACCAGGCCGAAGCGGCGUUGGCCGCUUUCACGGACGUCGUCAUGCAGGAAGUCGCCGACGGGAACAAGAUCAGCCUGCAGGGCUUCGGGACUUUCGAGGGACGCGCGCGAAAGGGUCGCACGGGCCGCAACCCGCGCACGGGCGAGGAGCUCAAGAUCAAGGCCACCACGGCGCCGGCGUUCUCAGCGUCGAAGGCCUUCAAGGACAUGGUGAAAGCGGCACACACUGACUAGAAGGAAAUACAACAACUACAAGAGCGGCUGACCGGAAGCAAGGGCGCAUCGCUUUUGGUGUCAUUGGGUUGGCAUUGUAGUCCUCGGUUUUUGUUUAUUUCUUGCCAGAGGCUGCGUAAGGCCGAUAUUUUUGGGUGGCGGGUGAGGGUAGAGUUUUGAUGAAGUUGCAUGGGGGUGUAAGGGGUGGGGGAAGGGCUGUCUUGAGAACAGCUCAUUGUAUGCGCACGAUAAAUGUUUUGUUUUUUUUAGCACGAACGGUGUUUGGUGCGUUGUUCUAAAGGGUAAGAAAGUUGACAUGUUUGUUUUGGCGUGUGGUAGCACGGCGGCCGUUGCUUUCGUUCAUCCCUUUGCGUAGUACUGCCAAGGAUACGCGCAUCGGUGUGUUGUUGGAAAGGAGGCCGUGUGGAAGCCCUGUUGCACGUACAACCAUCUGAAAUGACGGAAGUCGUUGCCUCCGUCCCUCACCCGGCCGCUGCCAACUCGGUUGUAUUCGAAGAUGAUAAUAGUGAUGUCUUUGGAUGGAAGGCUGUAAUAAUAACCGCCCGGGGUGUUUGACCACCUUCCGUGCGUGCUUACUGUGUUCUGUUGUGCCGCCCGCUCGGACUGAGCGGCGGGCGGCUUUGAUCUUUGUGUUUCCCGGGUUUGUUGGGCCCUGCACUGGCGUUUGCGUUUGCAUGAGUAGCGUUUCGGAUAUUGUGGCGGUGUUUUUUUCAACGAAGAGAACCAAGAGUUGAAUGUCCGUUGCGAGUUGACGUGAGACAGAGCUGACAGCCGAUCGUCUGGGACACGCAUCCCACUGUAAAGUGACUAUUCUAACCCAUAAUCACGCAGUGUCUUGGGCGAUAAGUGAUCAUAGACAGGUGGCCUUCAUGAGUGGGAACAACUCCAC